AUGUCUACACCACAGGAACGACACCCAGACUUGUUCCGACCCGUGAACAGCGAUUCUCCCCGAGGAAAGAAGCGCACCGUACCGCUAGAAUGCCUAUGCUUGGGGUUCAACCGUACCGGAACCGCAUCGAUGUGCAACGCACUUGAAAUUCUCGGCCUCCCCUGUUGGCACUCCACCCAAUUCAUGGGUGCCCGAUUUGGCGACAUAGAAAUGUGGCAAGAAGGUAUUGACCGCAAAUUCUUCAACGCACCGGGCCCGAAAUACGGACGCGCCGAAUUCGACCAGCUGCUGCAUGACUACGGAGCCGUAUCGUCAGACACGCCGGCAAUCGCUUUUUCGGAUGAUCUGAUUGAAGCGUACCCGGAAGCGAAAGUUGUCCUCGUCGAGCGCGAUAUUGAUUCUUGGUACGAGAGCUGGAUGAAUGGCGUGAUCAAGAAUACUUUCGAUCCCUUUGUCACAAUUAUCUACACUAUCGAUCGGUGGUUCACACGUCCACUUGGGCGCGUGCAUAAGUCUAGUUUCCAGGGUUGGCUGGGGAUCUCGAAUCCUGAAGAUGCGAAACGCGUGAGCAAGGAGAAGUAUCUUGAGCACUAUGCGCUCGUGCGGCGACUUACACCUGCCGACCGGCUGCUGGAGUUCAAAAUCAGUGAUGGAUGGGAACCAUUGUGCGAGUUUCUGGGGAAACCCGUCCCGGAUGUGCCGUUCCCGCAUCUCAAUGAGAAGAAGUGGCUGGAUGAAAAGGUACAGAUGUCGUUGCAGCGGGGGAUGAAGCGACUGGCGUGGAUGGCGAUCAUUUGGUUUUUGGUUCCUCUCGUGGGCGCAGGAUUGAUUUACAAGGCAUUGAAGUGA